CAUUUGUCCUGUGCAUUCACAUUCUUUCUUCAUGGGGAAAGUAAUGUAUGCACAAGUGUGGAGAUUGCCCAACACCAGCCAAUUUAUUUGAUCAAUGAGGAGCAUAUACACAUGGCUCAGUCUUCACCUGCACCAUUUCAAGUACUGGUAAGUCCUUAUGGCUUAAAUGGCACGCUAACAGGCCAAGCAUACAAGAUGUCAGACCCAGCCACCCGUAAGUUGAUCGAGGAAUGGCAGUAUUUCUACCCAAUGGUGCUGAAAAAGAAAGAAGAAUUGAAAGAAGAGGAGGAGUUGGGAUAUAAUGAUGAUUUCCCUGUGGCAGUCGAAGUAAUUGUUGGUGGUGUUCGGAUGGUUUAUCCUUCGGCAUUUGUUUUGAUCUCUCAGAAUGACAUCCCAGUUCCUCAGAGUGUUGCCGGUGCUGGAGGCCAUAUUACAGUGGGGCAGCAGGGACUUGGUAGUGUGAAGGACCCAAGUAACUGUGGGAUGCCUCUUACGCCUCCCACCUCUCCAGAACAGGCUGUCAUAGGGGAGAGUGGAGGUACACAGAGUGCGGUCAGUCACCUAGGCUCCCAAGACGGGGGGAUGAUAACUAUGCACAGUCCAAAGAGAUCGGGGAAGAUUCCUCCAAAACUCCACAAUCAUAUGGUCCAUCGAGUCUGGAAGGAAUGCAUCCUCAACAGAACCCAGUCCAAGAGGAGCCAAAUGUCAACUCCAACUCCUGAAGAAGAGCCUGCUAAUAAUCCUGCUACUUGGGAUUUUGUGGACCCAACCCAAAGAGUCAGCUGUUCCUGUUCUAGGCAUAAACUUUUAAAACGUUGUGCAGUAGGACCCAAUCGACCUCCCACAAUAUCUCAACCAGGGUUCAGUGCAGGACCAUCAUCAUCUUCAUCUUUACCACCUCCUGCGUCUAAGCACAAAACAACAGAAAGACCGGAAAAGGGAGACAAAUUGCAAAAGAGACCCUUGAUACCAUUUCACCAUAGGCCCUCUGUGGCUGACGAGUUCUGUAUGGAGCAGGAUACACCAGGACAGAAGCUAGGGUUGGCAGGGAUAGACUCCUCCUUAGAGGUGUCUAGCAGUAGGAAGUAUGAUAAACAAAUGGCUGUGCCUUCCAGAAAUACAAGCAAGCAAAUGAAUCUGAAUCCUAUGGAUUCACCUCAUUCCCCUAUUUCCCCUCUGCCGCCAACACUCAGCCCUCAACCACGAGGUCAGGAAACAGAGAGUUUGGACCCGCCAUCUGUCCCUGUGAACCCAGCUCUCUAUGGAAAUGGGCUAGAACUCCAGCAGUUGUCGACUCUGGAUGACAGAACUGUCCUCGUAGGCCAAAGACUGCCUCUGAUGGCAGAGGUCAGCGAGACAGCCUUAUAUUGUGGGGUUAGGCCCUCGAACCCUGAGUCAUCAGACAAGUGGUGGCACAGUUAUCGCCUCCCCCCCAUUGAUGAUACUGAGUUCCGGCCCCCAGAGCUCCAGGGCGACAGAUGUGAUGCCAAAAUGGAGGUAAACUCAGAGAGCACUGCGUUGCAAAGACUCUUAGCACAACCUAACAAACGGUUUAAAAUCUGGCAAGAUAAGCCACCCCAGAUGCAGCCACUCCACUUCCUUGACCCAUUGCCACUAGCUCAACAACCUGGAGAUAGUUUGGGAGAAGUCAAUGAUCCAUAUACCUUUGAGGAUGGCGACAUAAAAUACAUCUUUACGGCAAACAAGAAAUGCAAACAAGGGACAGAGAAAGAUUCCCUGAAAAAGAAUAAGUCAGAGGAUGGAUUUGGUACCAAGGAUGUCACUACACCAGGUCAUUCCACGCCGGUGCCUGAUGGGAAAAAUGCCAUGUCUAUUUUCAGUUCUGCUACUAAAACAGACGUCCGGCAGGAUAAUGCUGCUGGCAGAGCUGGCUCCAGUAGCCUUACACAGGUGACAGACCUGGCACCUUCCCUGCAUGACUUAGACAACAUCUUUGAUAAUUCCGAUGAUGACGAACUUGGGGCUGUAUCACCUGCGCUGCGUUCAUCAAAAAUGCCUGCAGUUGGGGCAGAAGACCGACCUCUUGGGAAGGAUGGAAGAGCUGCUGUUCCUUACCCACCAAUUGCAGACUUGCAAAGGAUGUUCCCCACUCCUCCUUCCUUGGAACAGCACCCUGCAUUUUCUCCUGUAAUGAAUUAUAAAGAUGGAAUCAGUUCAGAGACAGUGACUGCAUUAGGCAUGAUGGAGAGCCCUAUGGUCAGUAUGGUUUCAACACAGCUCACUGAAUUCAAAAUGGAAGUAGAAGAUGGAUUAGGAAGUCCCAAGCCAGAGGAAGUAAAGGACUUUUCAUAUGUGCACAGAGUUCCAGCCUUUCAACCUUUUGUGGGAUCCUCCAUGUUUGCUCCACUGAAGAUGUUGCCGAGCCAAUGCUUGCUACCUCUGAAGAUCCCUGACGCCUGUCUGUUUCGGCCUUCGUGGGCAAUCCCUCCGAAAAUUGAACAACUGCCCAUGCCGCCUGCAGCCAUUUUCAAUAGAGAUGGCUACAAUAAUGUGCCUAGUGUCGGGAGCCUAGCAGACCCAGACUACCUGAAUACACCACAGAUGAACACUCCGGUGACGCUGAACAGCGCUGCCCCAGCCAGCAACAGUGGAGCAGGAGUUUUGCCAUCUCCAGCAACCCCUCGCUUCUCUGUCCCCACACCACGAACCCCCAGGACCCCAAGAACUCCCAGAGGUGGGGGCACUGCCAGUGGUCAAGGGUCGGUUAAAUAUGAUAGCACCGAUCAGGGGUCACCAGCUUCUACCCCCUCUACCACGCGGCCCCUGAACUCUGUGGAGCCUGCCACCAUGCAGCCAAUUCCUGAAGCCCACAGUCUCUAUGUCACCCUGAUUCUCUCGGAUUCUGUGAUGAAUAUCUUUAAAGACAGAAACUUUGACAGCUGUUGCAUCUGUGCCUGCAACAUGAACAUCAAAGGGGCCGAUGUCGGGCUUUACAUCCCCGAUUCUUCCAACGAGGACCAGUAUCGCUGUACCUGUGGGUUUAGUGCGAUUAUGAAUCGCAAACUUGGCUACAAUUCGGGACUCUUCCUGGAAGAUGAGUUGGAUAUUUUUGGGAAGAAUUCUGAUAUUGGUCAGGCUGCGGAGAGGCGCUUAAUGAUGUGUCAGACUACCUUCCUCCCUCAGAUGGAGGGAGUCAGAAAGUCCCCGGAGCCACCUAUAAGCCUCCUCCUCCUCCUCCAGAAUCAACAUACACAACCUUUUGCUUCACUGAGUUUCCUGGACUACAUUUCCUCUAACAGUCGCCAGACUCUUCCCUGUGUAAGCUGGAGUUACGACCGGGUGCAAGCAGAUAAUAAUGAUUACUGGACGGAAUGCUUUAAUGCCUUGGAGCAGGGCCGUCAGUAUGUGGAUAAUCCCACGGGUGGAAAAGUAGAUGAAGCUCUGGUGAGAAGUGCCACUGUGCACUCUUGGCCUCACAGCAACGUGUUAGACAUCAGCAUGCUCUCCUCCCAAGAUGUGGUCCGCAUGCUGUUGUCACUGCAGCCCUUUCUCCAAGAUGCCAUCCAAAAGAAGCGCACGGGCAGGACCUGGGAGAACAUACAGCAUGUGCAGGGACCACUGACCUGGCAGCAGUUCCACAAAAUGGCAGGACGGGGAACCUAUGGUUCAGAAGAAUCUCCUGAGCCAUUGCCCAUUCCCACUCUGCUGGUAGGCUAUGACAAAGACUUCCUCACCAUCUCACCAUUCUCUUUGCCAUUUUGGGAGAGGCUGUUGUUGGACCCAUAUGGGGGCCACCGUGAUGUUGCCUAUAUUGUGGUGUGUCCAGAAAAUGAGGCCUUGCUCGAAGGAGCCAAAACUUUUUUCAGGGACUUGAGCGCUGUAUAUGAGAUGUGUAGGCUUGGGCAGCACAAGCCCAUUUGCAAAGUGCUACGAGAUGGGAUCAUGCGUGUGGGAAAGACCGUGGCCCAGAAGCUGACUGACGAGCUUGUGAGCGAGUGGUUCAACCAGCCGUGGAGCAGUGAGGAGAAUGACAAUCAUUCCAGACUCAAACUUUAUGCGCAAGUUUGCCGCCAUCACCUAGCACCUUAUCUAGCCACUCUGCAGCUCGAUAGCAGCCUGUUGAUACCACCUAAGUACCAGUCCCCACCAGCAGCAGCACAGGGACAAGCUACACCUGGGAAUGCUGGGCCUCUAGCUUCAAAUUCAGGAUCAGCAGCGCCCUCAACUGGCAGUGCAUUCAAUCCCACCUCUAACAGCAGUUCUGGGAACCCGACAGCAAGUAGCUCCGCAUCUGGUUCCUCUGUGCCACCCGUCUCAUCAUCUGCCCCUGCUCCUGUUAUUAACCAGAUCAGCACUACCUCUUCUUCAGGAUUCAGUGCUAGUGUUGGAGGGCAGAACCCCAGCACUGGGGCCAGUUCUGCAGAUAGAACACAAGGGAACAUAGGCUGUGGUGGAGACACUGAGCCUGGGCAGAGCUCCUCUCAGCCCUCUCAGGAUGGACAAGAAAGUGUCACAGAACGAGAGAGAAUAGGAAUUCCCACUGAGCCUGACUCUGCAGACAGCCAGGCCUAUCCUCCAGCUGUUGUCAUUUACAUGGUGGACCCCUUCACUUACACUGCAGACGAAGACUCCACUUCUGGAAACUUUUGGCUGUUGAGUUUGAUGCGCUGCUACACAGAGAUGCUAGAUAAUUUACCUGAGCAUAUGAGAAAUUCUUUCAUUCUCCAGAUUGUGCCUUGCCAGUACAUGCUGCAGACAAUGAAGGACGAACAAGUUUUCUACAUUCAAUACUUGAAGUCCAUGGCGUUUUCAGUGUACUGCCAGUGCCGGCGACCUCUGCCCACACAGAUCCACAUUAAGUCCCUCACGGGAUUCGGGCCUGCUGCCAGCAUCGAGAUGACCCUCAAGAACCCAGAGCGACCCAGCCCAAUCCAGCUUUAUUCCCCUCCUUUUAUACUGGCCCCAAUCAAAGACAAGCAGACGGAGCUGGGAGAGACAUUUGGGGAGGCGAGCCAGAAAUACAACGUGCUCUUUGUGGGCUACUGUCUGUCUCAUGACCAGCGCUGGCUUUUGGCUUCCUGCACUGACCUCCAUGGGGAAUUAUUAGAAACUUGUAUUGUAAAUAUUGCUUUACCAAACAGAUCACGGAGGAGUAAAGUGUCUGCACGUAAAAUUGGACUACAGAAGUUAUGGGAGUGGUGCAUAGGUAUUGUCCAAAUGACAUCUCUACCCUGGAGAGUUGUAAUUGGCCGACUUGGGCGGCUUGGCCAUGGGGAGCUUAAAGAUUGGAGUAUCCUCCUUGGAGAAUGUUCACUACAGACAAUCAGCAAACGGCUCAAGGACGUGUGCCGGAUGUGUGGAAUCUCUGCCGCAGACUCUCCUUCAAUCCUUAGUGCCUGCCUGGUUGCCAUGGAGCCCCAGGGGUCCUUCGUAGUGAUGCCAGAUGCCGUCACAAUGGGUUCCGUUUUUGGCCGAAGUACCGCUCUAAACAUGCAGUCAUCUCAGCUGAACACCCCUCAAGAUGCUUCCUGUACACACAUCUUGGUGUUCCCAACAUCGUCAACCAUCCAGGUGGCUCCAGCCAACUAUCCCAAUGAAGAUGGGUUUAGCCCCAACAAUGAUGACAUGUUUGUUGACCUUCCAUUCCCAGAUGAUAUGGACAAUGACAUUGGCAUAUUAAUGACUGGGAACCUCCAUUCCUCUCCCAACUCCUCCCCAGUUCCUUCCCCAGGCUCUCCUUCUGGAAUUGGUGUGGGCUCUCACUUCCAGCACAGUCGGAGUCAGGGUGAGCGUCUUCUCUCUAGAGAGGCACCUGAGGAGCUGAAGCAGCAGCCUCUGGCCCUCGGGUAUUUUGUGUCAACUGCCAAAGCGGAGAAUCUCCCCCAGUGGUUUUGGUCAUCGUGUCCCCAGGCUCAGAAUCAGUGCCCCCUCUUCCUAAAGGCUUCGCUGCAUCACCACAUUUCUGUAGCACAGACGGACGAACUUCUCCCUGCCAGGAAUUCUCAGCGGGUUCCACAUCCUCUUGACUCCAAAACCACAUCUGAUGUUUUAAGGUUUGUUUUGGAGCAGUACAACGCUCUGUCCUGGCUCACGUGCAAUCCGGCCACCCAGGACCGUACCUCCUGCCUUCCCGUCCACUUUGUGGUGCUCACUCAGUUGUACAAUGCCAUCAUGAAUAUACUUUAAUUGGAAAAGCACUUGUUCUCUCUGGCUCAGUUCCUCCUCCCUGCAACCUCAGUCCAAGGAACCUGCUACACUCUGCAAAUGCCCCACAUCCUCUUGAGACCACUCUCCACAGUCCUGCACUGUGAUUACUCCUCAGCAGGCACAUGUCAUUUCUGCAGUGUUCAUUACCAGAGGGAUUCACUGACACUUCUCUCAUGGACCUGGAAACUUCCAAUAAGCAGUGACUUUUAGCCAGUGUUACGGUGUGUGCAGCCCCAAACCACUGGUCCACAGGAAGUUUUUUAUUGUUGGUUUUUAAGAGGGAAACAGAAGAGACAGUAUCCUUUUGCACAAGAGUCUGUGUUUCCAGUCUCUGUUUAAAAACAAGGGCAGUUUAGCCCUUUUGGAUGAAAUCCUCUAGUUAUUGGUGUAUGGCCUGUGGGUUACCUGAACUCCAUAAUCUGGGACUUUUUAAAAAUAAGAACCAGCUCAAGUAUAUGACUUCUUAACGGGGUUUCUGUCUCCCUAGUGCUCCCAUCUAGAUUGGCAUGAAUGCUUUGGUUGACUUCAUACCUGUGUGUAGAUAGAAAAGGUCUGGAGACAUCUUCAUUUUGUUUAUUUAUUUUAAGUUGUUUUGUCAUUUUUUUUGUGACUUUCUUUUGAUUUUUUUUUUUUUUUUUUUUAAAUUCAUGAGGACCAGGUACAGUAGCUGAAACCCAACUCAGAUCUACCAUAGGAUUCUUUGACUACAUACCUCUGUCCUAGAAGCUGGAAAAGGAGUGAAAAGAGAUUGGGGAGAUAUGCCUAAAAAGUAAUAUAUUCAAAACCACCCAGCAGUAGGCUUUAUUAUUAAGAACAAACUGGGUAAACAUUCUGCCAUGUUUCUUAUUAAAAGUGGCCAGCGUUUCAUGAAGGAUAACAUUUUUAUACAGAAGGCAGGCAGUCAAGCUCAACCCAGAGCCAUGGAGGCAAGUACCUUCAUUAGUUUUAUAUAGUCACAAUGGAAAUAUAUUUUCUAGUGAAUUCUUAUUGAAAGCCAGGUCUCUCCUCUCAUUAGAUCAAAAGGGACUCAUGUACAUAUCAUAAUUGAAAGUGUUUGCUCAUAAAAUCAGUUAUAAAUAUGGUGACUUUUUUCUGGACCAUAGGAAUAUUAUUUCAAAGAAAUAUUACAACUUAACCAUUAAAUUAGUACUUGAAGUUGAGCCUUUGUGGUGGGACUUUUUUAAAAAAAAAAAUAAUGCCUUUUUAAAGCAUUAAUGGCUAAUUGAAGUAUUUUAUGACUCCUCAUUUCAGGCCCAAGAGGGUUGUCUUUAAGACCCCGUUUCUGACCCUGACAUCACAGCACGUUUCUGUCUGAGGGCAGUGGGCGUGGGCUUGCCUCCCGCAAGCCGCUCUGGUCAGACUGUUGAGCUCUAGUCAUCUGUGGAGAGAAUCAUGCAAAUUUUAAAGUUCUUCCAAGAGACUUCCAUAUCCUGGUUAUUAACAAAAAAACAAAAAAAAAAAAAAGGAAAAAUGUAAUAACUGAUAUGAUUUUGUAAAAGUAUUUUUCUUGAAAUAAUCUAACGUUUAAAACAUUAUAUUAAAAAAAAGUUGUGUGGUGGGAAUAUGUAAGCAGAGAAAUAACUUGUAAAUGGAUAAUUUUAUUCUCUGUACCACCAAUUGGGGGGGGUGACUUUCGCAAUGUAUAGGUUAAAAAAAAAUCUGAUAUAUCAAACCAUUUGUAUCUAAUGUGUACAGUGUAAAAUUGACUUUAAAAAUAUUGCAGUGCUAUUUUUUCUUAAUCAGAAAGGAAAAAUUCUCAAGGCCUUUUGAAGAGCAUAAGAUGAUGAAGAUUGUAAACUUGUAUAAAAUUAUCUUGGUGAGAAGACAAAUUGUAAAGUAGAUAUUUGUAAUCUUUUACCACUUUGGGGUUGCUUUUUUUCCCAGAAUUCAUCAGAACUUUGAAUUUUUUUUUUUUUUUUUAAUAUGGGCUGUUUUUAAUGCAGGGGCUUUUCUUCCCUAGAAACCCAAUUCUAAGCAAAAAAAGAAAAAAAAACACAAAAAACAAAAAACCCCUACAAAAAUUAAAAAAAAAAGCAGCAAAGGGUAGUUUUCAUCUGGUGUCUUUUAUUUAAGUUUUUUAAGUUAAGAAAAGCUGGUGACAUAUUUAUACGUUUUUGUGCAAAAAUAAAUGAAUGGCAAUAGAUUUUAAAAAAUCUUAUUAUGUACUUCUGUGUGAAAAAGUCUGUAUAAUAUUUCCCUUAAAUAUGCAUUAUUUUACUUGUGAGUUUUUUACUGAAUUAAUCUGAAAUGUACAAGCCCUGGAUUUGCUACAGAGUGAGAAGUUAUUUUAUUUUUUUUUUAUUUUUAAUUUUGGAAAUUCUGCAAAAAUCAGAACUCUUACCAUGGUUUGAACUAAAAAGGGGAAAUGGGGAGGGGAGAGGGUGGGAUUGUCCAGCAUGCUUGUAUGUAUAUUUCAGAACCUUUUUUAAAUGUAAAAGCUGUACAUUUCUGGGAAGUUCUGAAUUUCUUUUGUUUCCUUUUUUCCUUCAAGCAUUUUGCAGUGAGCUUCUUUUAUAUAUAGCAAACAAUUUGAAAGAAUACAAAAAUAUGUGAAGUUCAUUUAAAACUACAGUAUAGCGCUGGUACAGUACACUAAAGACUUUGAUAAAAAGAAACAAUACUAAAAGGCCUCCAUUUUAAAUGUCAUUCAUAUAUACCUUGUGAAUGAGAGCUAUAUACUUUUACACACUUUUUUAGAGGAAUAAAUUAUUGAAUUACUGAAA